AAAGUUUAAAGAUUAUCUCAGGGCAGUAGUUUCAGGGGUUCAUCCAGCCUCAGUAACUCCGUCUGUUCUGCAGGGAAAUAAUUUUUUGAAUACGAAUGAUAACAGUUGGUUUUCAAUGUUUUAGGUUUCAUUUUAAUGCAUUUAGAAGUUUUUAACUCCAGAUUUUAUAAAAUAUGUUGCUGUUCAUAUUUUUUCGAUUUUCUUUGUUCUUAUGAUACUGUGCAUAGUACCUAAUUCGUAUCUCAUUGCUAUAAAGAGCCCUCUCUGUUCACAUGACUUGACUGUCCGGCUCCCCAGGAACUUAGGAGCAGUUUUAUUUCCAACCUUUUGCCCUUUAUGCUGAAUGGCUUGCUCUCAUCGGCGAACCCAGACAAACAAAUAGCCAUUUGUCUGUUUGACUUAAAUCAAAGAAAAGAGAAGUUGCGAUGUUAAAUCAUGACUCUACAUUUUUUCUACUAACCUCCCCCAUCCAGUGUCCAUCUUCAAUCCAGGUUUCCAAAUGGAGGGACACAUAACAUUUUUGUGUCCCUCAGGUGAUGUCUUGUGCAUCAUUGCAACUGUGCCUCAGUGCAUAGCUAAAUUAUGGACAAUCGGCAUUUAUUCAUUGCUUUCUAUGUGCCAGCUACUGUGUUAAAUGCUUUCCAUGUAUUAUCUCUUGCAAUUGCCUAACAGACAUAGUAGUCAGGUAUGAGUCAUAUCCUCAUUUCAGAAAUGAGGUACUUUAGACCCUGAGACUUUUUAAAAAUUGCCCAAGGUUAUACAGUAAGAAACAGAGGAAGUGGGAAUUUAAUGUAAACUUGUUUACAUCUCAACCUGAAGUUCUUAACCACUGCCCCACACAGACUCUGAGACCAGAGUACCUCUCAUGGCCGUGGUGUGAUUCCUUCUACCUACCAUUUCUAGCUAUUUGAUCUUGGACAAGUCACUUAACUUUUUUGAGUCUCAAUUUUCUUAUCUGUAGGAAUAUUGAUGCCUAACUUACAGGUUGUUUACAAGAUUUAAUGAGAGAAGAUGGCAAAGUGUUUUCAUGGGGAAAGAACAGCGAUGGUCAGCUGGGCCUGGGGAAGGAGUUCCCCUCCCAGGCCAGCCCACAGAGGGUGAGGUCCCUGGAAGGGAUCCCACUGGCCCAGGUGGCUGCAGGAGGGGCUCACAGCUUUGCCCUUUCUGUCUCAGGCACUUCAUUUGGCUGGGGAAGCAACAAUGCAGGACAGCUGGCCCUCAGUGGCAAUAACGUCUCAGUGCAAAGCUACAAGCCUCGUUCCAUUGGAGCAUUGAAGGAACUAGGAGUGAUUUACAUCAGCUGUGGUUAUGAGCACACGGCAGUGCUUACCCAGGAUGGUAAAGUGUUCACAUUUGGAGACAAUAGCUCUGGACAGCUGGGACACAGUCCCACUGCUAAGAAGAAAGGCCCACAACUCGUGGAAGGAAUUGAUGGCCUAGUUUCACAGAUAGAUUGUGGAAGUUAUCACACUCUUGCAUACGUCUACACUACUCCUCGGGUGGUAUCUUUUGGUCAUGGACCAGGUCACACAAGCAGCUCAACUCAUCCAGAUGCCAUGACAAAGAACUUUGAUGUUAGCUGCCUGAUUUCUGCUGAUGACCUUGUGAACGUUCAAGUCAAACACAUUUUUGCUGGAACAUAUGCCAAUUUUGUGACAACUUAUCAGGAUACUAGUUCCACAAGUGUUUCCAGGAAAACCCUGCCAGAAAUAAGCCGAAUUAACCAGUCUCUGACAGAAAAAUGGAUAGCAGUGAGAAGAGGAAGUACUGAACACGAAGAGGCUAAGAGUGAAAUUGGAAUGAUAUUUUCAUCUCCUGCUUGUCUGACUGCAAGUUUUUUAAAGAAAAGUGGAACUGGAGAAACUAUUUCCAUUGAUGUGGACUUACAGGUGGCAAGAGAUACCUUCAAGAAGUUAACAGAAAAGGAAUGGAUUUCUUCCCUGAUAACCACGUGUCUCAGGGACAACCUGCUCAAAAAUCUCCCAUUGCGUUCUCCACAUCAAGAAGCUUUAGAAAUUUUCCUCCUUCUCCCAGAAUGUCCUGUGAUGCAGGAUUCUAAAAACUGGGAGAGCCUGGUGGUUCCAUUUGCAGAGGCUGUUUGUAAAAUGAGUGACCAAUCUUUACGAGUCCUGAAGAAGUGUUGGGCAUCUUUGCAUGAAUCCUCUCUGAACACACUGGUCCAGAUGCUUAGAACAGCCAUCAUCUCUCAAUUGAGUUAUUGGACUGACACCAGUCAGAGUCAAUGUAAUGCUAAAGCUCUUCUAGGAAUGAUGAAAGAAGUGUAUAAGGUAAACAAAGCUAACUCUCGACUGCCUGAAAAUGCUUUCAACAUAAAUGAACUCUCCAAUUCACUUAACUUUUAUAUAGAGAGAUGCAGAGUAAUCUCGCGGAACAAAAAUCCGGUACCUGCAGAUAACCUCAGUCCACUUAUUUUCACUGACUUUCCAUUUGCCUUUAAUUUUCUCUCUAAAAUGAAAUUAUUGGAAGCUGAUUCAUUUAUAAAAAUGCAGGGGUCAAUAGAGAAAGCAUACCAGGAACAUAUGCAAAUGUUUAUACAAAGAAAGAGUGAAUUUCCUUCUCCUCCCAAAUUUAUACUGAAAGUCAGACGGAGUCACCUGGUUGAAGAUGCUCUGCGCCAAAUAAGCCAAGUUGAAGUCAAUGACCUACGUAAAGCAUUAGUGAUUGAAUUUACGGAAGAAAUUGUUUCUGAAGCUGGAGGAGUCAGGUCAGAGUUCUUCCACUGUGUAUUUGAAGAGAUGACCCGACCAGAAUAUGGAAUGUUCAUGUAUCCUGAAGAUGGUUCCUACAUGUGGUUUCCUGCCAAACCUAAAGUUGAGAAGAAUAGAUAUUUCCUCUUUGGGGUACUGUGUGGCCUCUCCUUAUUCCAUCUAAACGUUGUCAACCUUCCUUUCCCACUGGCUCUGUUUAAGAAACUUCUGGGCCAAAAACCAUCACUGGAAGAUUUAAAAGAACUCAGUCCUCUUCUUGGGAAGAGUUUGCAAGAAGUUCUAAAUGAUGAAGCUGAUGACCUCGGAGAACUUUACAUUUUUUUUUCUAUAUAUUGGGACAAAAAUCAUGUUGAUUUAGUUCCAAAUGGGGUAUCUAUACCUGUGGACCAAACCAACAAGAACGACUAUGCUUCUAAAUGUGUUGAUUACAUCUUUAACACCUCCAUAAAGGAAGUCUAUGAGGAAUUUCAGAGAGGAUUUUACAGAGUCUGUGAUGAGGAGAUAAUUCAGUAUUUCCAGCCUGAAGAACUAAUGUCAGCAAUAGUUGGAAAUACUGAUUAUGACUGGGAAAAUUUUGAAAAGAAUGCAAUGUACGAUCAAGGAUACCACAAAUCACAUCCAACUAUUCUGAUGUUCUGGAAAGCUUUCCACAAAUUAACUUUGGAUGAGAAGAGAAAAUUCCUCUUUUUUCUUACAGGAAGUGAUAGACUGAAUGUAGAAGGUAUAAGGAAAAGUGGAAUAGUAUUUCGCUGUCCUGAAACUUUCAGUGAAAACGAUGGGCCAAGAUCAGUGACAUGUUAUAAUAUCCUGGACCUCCCCAAAUAUUCUACAAUGGAAAGAGUGGAGGAAGCACUUCAAAUAGUCAUCAACAAUUGCAGAGGAUUUGGCUCACCCAAAAUUACAUUCCAAUAAUGACCUCUACAAGUCUCAGAGGGGCCUAACAUUCUUAGGCCCUCUCACCCUUGGAUUCUCCUAUUCUUCCUUAGAUCUAAUUAGUACACAAGAUGGAUAGAUUUUACUUAGGAUUAGUUGACCAAUGUUGUAACAAACCACGAGUGAUGAAUCAAAGAUAAUAUUUUUGAUGAAACAAAAUUAUGGGACAACAGUUCUUGUAUUUCUAAACUUGCUAUUUAAAAUGUUUACUUUUUACUGAAUUAUUUCCUGAAUGAUUGUCAUUUAAAAAUUGUGAAUGUUAAAGGCUGAUAGACAUUUUUAAAAUAUUAUUGUACAUCUAAUAAACACUGUCUGCAAAUAUGAAAGACAUGUUGAAAUUUCAAUGAAAUACCAAAAAUAUAAACUAAUUUAACAUUUUAACGUAUUUCUGAGGUUUGUAGAUGUAUAUUUUAUAUUCAGGAAUGUCUCUAGAGCUCUGAUUUUAGCAAACUGCUCAAUAAUUUAUUUGAAAAAUCUAAAUGAUAAGGGAUUCAUUAAUUCAUCGAGUAAUUACUUAUACUCUAUACUGUGUUCCAAGAACCAUUCUAAAUGUGGAUAUCAUUAUUUUGGUUAAACACUGAGCCUAGCCAGGAACUCCUAUUUAAUUUUAGCUGGAGAAAUGUGAAGAGAAUAAAAUGUAUCAGCAUCAUGGCUAUAGAUCAUGGUGGGAGAUGACCAGUGAAUUUUGUGGAGCAAUUGUAUCUAAUAUUAAAUUUUAAAUGGUAAGCUAUGUUAUAAAUUCCUGCUGUUAUCGCAAACCAUACACAGAAGCCUUGUGUUAGUGGUACUUUGGGGAAUGAAAGAAUAUACAGCAAGGUCCACCCUGUGUUGCUGAUGUGGAAAGAGGGCAGGAAUCACCUGAGGCAAGAAUCACAUAGAGACAGAGAAUUUACGAGAACAAAGAUACUAGAAUAUGUGGUGGCCAGUAGAAACAUAAGCCCAAAUGAAUCCACAGAGUUAUUUUGGACAUGCCUGUUUUCCAUAAUAAAUGAAAUGAAGGCCCAGAUUUAUUCUUUCUGUUUGAAUCUUAAGGAA